AUGCUCAAACAUUCCUAUUGUCCUCCCUUUCAGAUAUUACCACGAAUUGUCUCAAAUACGGCCUUCAGAGUCCCCGAUCCCUCCUAUGACUUCCAGUUUGAUAAGAAGUUAAACCGAUAUAAACUCGUACUGAAAGGUCUGUCCAUUGAAGUGAAUCGACUACUUUUGGGCCCAAAGUGUUUCCGACAAUUUGUGUCAGAAAUGCAUUUGUUUGAAGUGUUUUAUGCGGAGACCCGAAGAGACGGUCGAAUCGCGUGUAUCUUCUGGUCAUCCAUUCAUAAGACAGAAGUGACACUACUUUACAGUCAUAACAAUUCAGCGGAUAUGGGAUACACUUCCGGAUACUUAUGGCAAAUGAGUCGCAAAUUGAAGUGCAAUUUCAUUACUUACGAUUACUCGGGCUUUGGAUUAAGUGAUGGCAGCCCUUCCGAACAGAAUCUCUAUUCAGACAUCGACUCAGCUCUCAGUUGUCUCAUGAGAUUGUAUAACAUUUGGCCCAAAACUACAAUACUUUUCGGUGAAUCCAUUGGAUCCGUUCCGACCAUUGACUUGUCGACACGACUUCAGUUUAAAGGCGUUAUUCUCGAGUCUCCCAUAUUAUCCGGUUUGCGGACAUUGUCGUCAAAAUACACGACCAGAUUCUGGGCAUUUGAUCCCUUUCCCAAUCUAUGGAAAGCCGACAAAAUUAAGUGUAAAGUCCUUAUAUUUCACGGAACAUGUGAUCAAUUAGUGGACAUUAAAGAAGCGAUACUUCUGUACAAUCGAUUCCCGCAUAAAGUGGACCCGUUUUGGGCCCAAGAUUACGAUCACAAUGUCUGCAAAUUUCAUCCUAAAUAUUACGACAGAAUUAACACUUUUAUAACUUAUUCUAAAUAG